AGUCCGAGUUAGUCGCUGCAGCUGGUCCACCCAUCUCACAACGAAUCUGUGGCUUCUCGAAGCAUGGCGUUGGCAGCGUUUAUCAACUCGCCUACGGGCCCCAUGACAACGCACUUCUGGGGCCCUAUUGCGAACUGGGGCUUGGCCGCCUCUGGGAUGUACGAUGCUGCACUGAAAGGGCCCGAGAUCAUUAAUGAACGGAUGUCCGCCACACAGAUCCUCUACAGCGGACUCUUCGUUCGAUUCGCCUGGGCGGUACAACCACGGAACUACAUCUUGGCCUCCUGUCACACCGCCAAUGUCCUGGCCCAGAGCAACCAGCUUCGGAGGUGGGCAGAACACAAAAUCGCCACUGAGCCAGAAACGGGUGGUGCCACAGUUCGAAACGCUUGCAUGGGUGCAGCCGGGGCUGCGGCAGGCAUUGGAGCAAUGAUUGCAGCCAGCACGCCACUCCAGAACAGCUUGAAAGGGGGCAGCGGCUUCUUGGCACGAAUGGCUACACACCCUGCGGGACCUUUCUACAUCCAUUUCUGGGCUCCCAACUUUAAGUGGGCGCUGUCCAUCAACAAUCUCAUGGAUUAUGAUCGACCAACUGACAAGAUUAGCCUUUCCAUGACCAGCGCAUUGACCCUCACCGGCCUCAUCUUUAUGCGUUGGUCCUUUGUCAUCACCCCGGUGAAUUACAGCCUUUUCGCCGUGAAUUGUGCAUUGUCGAGCUCUUCCGGGUAUCUCCUGGCGCGUAAAGUCAAGGCAGACUACUUCGACAAGUGAUUCUGAGACUCUGACCGAGAAGUCCGAACGUUUCAUCGUUUCCGAUGCAAAUGCCUGCGAAAAGUCCUGCGAAAA